AUGAACCAACAGAGAGAGUUCAUGUCACAAAUGCAGCAACAACAACAGCAGCAACAACAGUUGCAGCAGCACCAGCACCAGCUUCAGCAGCAGCAGCUUCAGCAGCAGCACCUCGCCCUCCAGCAGCAGGCUCCAUCCACCCUCCAACAGCCCCGUCAACCCGGCGGCGUGAGAGCAAACAGCGGCAACCAGAUCCCUUACCCGCUCCAGACAACCAGCUCACCAUCUUCGCCCUCCGCCUCGGGUUCCCAGCCAUCAUCUCCCAACGGCUCCAUGACCUCCUUGCAACCCCCUUCUCCUGCCAAGGCCAACACAAAUACCUUCGUCCACAAGUUGCACAACAUGGUGGUUGACAAGCAAUAUCAGCACUUGAUUGCCUGGAAUUACACAGGAACGUCGUUCAUUGUCUGCAACAUCAUGGAGUUCUCGCGGGAUGUCCUGCCCAAGCAUUUCAAACACAACAACUUUUCGAGUUUUGUGAGACAGCUCAACAUGUACGGCUUCCACAAGGUCAACAAAUCGCCAAGAGGACAUCGCACAUUGGCAGAGAAUCAGAUCUGGGAGUUUUCGCACCAAAAGUUUUUGAGGGGACGUCAGGAUCUGUUGGACGACAUCAAGCGCAAGGCUAUGGAGUCUGACGCGAUGAGACGGGACGGAGCAGAUGUGAGCAGCCAUGUAACAAUGUUGCAGAGCUCCCAGCAGGACUUGGCCCAGCAAGUCACUCAUCUCCAGGCCAACUUUGGCGAGGUCGCUCGGGAACUUGCCGACACACGUCGUAUUCAGGUGGCACAACAGCAGUUGCUCAAGAGCUUGCUUGACUAUAUCCAAAGGACAUCAGGCGGUCAGCGUAAGUUUUUUCUCGGAAUUGUUGUCGUUAUUAUCGCUAAAACUGGAGACAGGGCCACCUCGCCAGUGAAACGCGGAAUCAUCACUUUCGCACAUUGA